GGCAGGCGGGGCGGGUGUCUCGGGAAUUCUUUGUAAAUGUUCCCUUCGCUCUCCCAUCCCAAGAGUUGAAGUGGGUGCCUAAGGAAGAAGGGCUUUGAGGAAGGUUUGGUUUAAACGUUUGGAGUUGGUGAUCUUAAAGGUCUCUUUUAGCUUUAACGAUUCUAUGAUUCUGUAAGUAAAGAGUACGGAAGGUGGAAUUGCUUUCCUGCUCUUAGGAGAAAAAGGGGUUGAGUUUGGGGGUUUGUUGCCUUUGUUUUUGGUUUGGUUUGGUUUUUUUUUCUCUGCUGAGUGGCGUAUUUGUUAGAAACUUCCACUUGCAAUCAUCAACUUAAUUGCUUGGAGAUUUGUGUGUAACUAUCAGAAUACAUCGAAUGGUUCAUAUAGAAACGUAGAAAUAUGUGGUAAUAUUUAUUUCUUGAUAAAGCUCCAUGUUUUUUCAGUGACUCUUAAGCCCUUUUGACACUUAAAAAAAAAAUAGUAUCAGAUGCCCACUAUCAGCAAAUGGACAUGAAUAAAGGACAUGAGUUGUGCUGUGUCCAAGGGGGUGAAUGCAUUUAUUUGUCCAUGGAGUGGUGCCAGCAGGGAAUGCACAUGGCAUCAACUGGCUGCGAUGGAUGGAUAGCCAGCCUGGACUGAGGGAGGAAUUGAUAACCGAUGGGUUAAGAAUGGUUAAUGUAUGAAUACAUGGUCCAGAAAAAAAAUGGUAAAAGCCCUUGAAACAGAAAACACUUAAUUUAAAACAAUACUUCCUCAAAUAGCCUCCUGCAUAUAAGAUCAGGUUACCCUGGAACAACAGUCUUGUACUCUUAUUAUUCAAUAUAAUUAAUACAACAAAUUAGAACUUCUCACAAAACACCUUUGGUGUAUCACAGUAAAAUUAAUGAUAAAUUGCUUGCAUAUGUCUUCAUGCCCAAAGUUUACAAAAGCUCAGUCAGAGCGGUUAUAGUGGUUGAAAAUUAAGUUUUGUCUCAUACUCAAGAUAGGUUUGUAUGUGUAAACAGCCUGUAGGUUAGCUCACAGCCUCUAACAGAGCUGGAGUAUUUGAUUUGAAUUUCUUUAACAUUUUAAUGAAGUAAUCUCUCAUUCCUGACAAGACCUACAUGUGUUCUUCCAUUUAUGCAUAGCUCUGUUGAAACCAAUAAAGUAUAAGCACAUCAUGUAUUAGUCAGUGGGACUGUCCAUAUGCGUAUUUGUUUAUUAAAAAUUUGAUAAAUUAUAAAAGGCAUAGUUGAAAUAUUUGAGUCCCAUCAGCCUUGUCAUUAAUGAAAUUUAACCUACCUGCUGUCUGACUCUUCUGUAUAACUUGUUUUCUACACGUGACUGCACAGAUGUGCAGUUUCUUCCUGGCAUAAUUACAUUUGAGGAACACCUAAGAGUGAAGACCUACCACUAGCAGGUUGCUAAAAGGUGGUGUUUUGUGUAAAAGAAGAUGAAAAGAGGCUUAUGAAAGAAUAAAUGAGCAUCUACAGUUAGAUUAUGGAAUCUGAAAUCUCUAAUACGUAAUUGAUAUUGUCUUGGGGUUUUUCUCCCAAGCUCUUCCAACUCAAAACUCUCUUCUGCAGUGCUGUGUGCUGUACAGUGUCUGUGGCAAAGCCUGGGACACCUGAUGUUCACCCUCCAGAUUAACCUUUAAAUCCUGUAGAUUUCUCCUCCUCGUCGUUUUACACGUGAAUAUGUGGGGAGGCAGAAUGGAAAUGCUGCCCUGGAACAGAGCCAGGGUGGCUUUUGCCGAUUUGGAAAGCCCCGUGCUGUCCCUGCCUGGAAUGCGGGCAAAGCUGCUGGCGCGACUCGAGGGCAGAAGCUCUCUGAAGAAUCUGGAACCUUAUCUGUUUGCUGAGGAAGGAUCUCCUGUUCAUGGAGACGUCAUUGAAUUCCACGGUGCAGAAGGAACAGGAAAAACGGAAAUGCUCUAUCACCUCAUAGCCCGCUGCAUCAUUCCAAAGUCGGGAGGAGGGCUGGAAGUGGAAGUCAUGUUCAUUGACACAGACUACCACUUCGACAUGCUCCGCCUGGUUACCAUUCUGGAGAACAGGCUGGCACAAAGGACAGAGGAAAUGAUAAAGCAGUGCCUGGGAAGGCUUUUCCUUGUGAACUGCAAUAGCAGCACUCAGUUACUGCUCACUCUCUACUCUUUAGAAAACCUGUUUUGCGCUCACCCCUCCCUCUGUGUUCUGCUUUUAGACAGUAUAUCAGCUUUUUAUUGGAUAGACAGAAGCAACGGAGGGGAGAGUCUUACCUUGCAGGAGAUGAAUCUGAAGAAAUGUGCCAGCUUUCUUGAAAAGCUUGUGAGACAGCACCACUUGGUCCUCUUUGCAACAACACAGACACUUAUGCAGAAAUCUGCAAACUCUGCAGAAGGCUUUUUCCCUUUGAAACUUCCACAUGAAACUGAUACAGACUAUAGACCGUAUCUUUGUAAAUUGUGGCAACAAAUGGUAACCCACAGGAUAUUUUUCUCUAAGCAAUGUAGUUCUGGCAACAGCAAUGGUUUUACAGUCAUUUCUUGCCACCUCAAAAGAAACCAGGUAGUAAAACGUUCAUUUAGUGUUGCAGAAUGUGGAGUUCAGUUUUAACUUCAGUUUGUAAACCUUUAGCAACUCUUGGUGCUUAACGCCUGAUUAGGUCUAAGUAGUUUCUGGUACCUUUAAAACUAGCUGGUUGUUGCUGAGUGAUGAAGAAUUUUUGUAACCAUUUGCUUAAAAUUUAGUGACACUUUUGUUUAUGCUUAACCAAAGACACAUUAAACUCCGAGUACCCUUCAGUAAUCUAACCUGUGUGAUAUGUGGCCAAAUGCACUGAUUGAAUUUCUGGGUCUUGCUGCUUUACACCCCUUCUCUUCCAAGCUCCAGCAGUAGGAGCGUGGUUUGGUCCACGGGGGAGGCUGCGGAGAGGCGAGAGUUCACUUUAUAGACAUUGGCCUUGGUUUAUUCCCUGUAGCCGUGGGCAUAAGAAAUGUAUUCACCUCUUUGCCUGAAGAAGGGGAUUCAUGGUCACAGCCUGUGAAGCGGUGGCAGUCCUGACUCUGCUGCUCCAGGUUUGCAGCCGCUCUGUUUCCAUUGGCACGUUCUGGGAGGAGCGGGGAUUGCAGGUGUUCUGACCUUUACAAACAUCUGGGUUUGAAAAAUCUACACCCAUCUCAGAAAAAGAGGCCUGAUUUCCAUAACUGAAGGUAAACUAAAGACCCAGUUCUGGGUACCUGUGAGCUUGUGCUACGUGCAGCAAAUAGUUUAGCUUUUGAAAAUAAAUAAGUGCUGGUUAUGGGUUGUUUGGGGUGGGGGUGUGGUGUUUUUGUUGUUUGGGGUUUUUUUUUAAAUGAUGUACAGACAUUUUUUUCUCUCUUCCCUCCCUUGUUAUUCCUUCCCACUUCUUUCCCUGCCCCCACUCUCUCUAAGAAAUCCAGGAAUGCCAUGCCUCUGGUCUUUACCAAUAUGUAUUUGCCACAUGUAGAACAUUUGUGUGCAGGAUUUGGCAUGCAACAUGUUGCAAUUCUGGCAAAGAAGAUUCGGAAUUUAUGGGAAAUGCCCUACAGUUCUGGCAAAGAAUACCAUAUUAUUUAUGAACCUAGAGUGCCCUUUGAAAGCUUCAAAGUGCUUUACAAGAAAGAAAAUUGCACACAGAACACUAUUUAAUACAAAAACUUACAUUAGCUUACAAAUUCAAAUUACUCAAACAUGGGGGAAAUAUUUCUCACAGCGAUAUUCGUUCAGUCAUGUUGCACAGCACGUUUUAUAGUUUAGAUUGAGCAGAUUAUUAACAAAAAUGCAUGUUAAGAAGUAUCUAGCUCUUUUGAGUAUCCAUCUUUUUGGGGAAGGUGCCUAAAAAACUCUGUUGUGAGACACCUACUUUUGAAUUUCCCGACUUCUGAGGCAGCUUUUUCAAGCUGAAUGUAUGCCUGGAUUCCCAGCUGUGUAUAGUUCAUUUACCCUCUUGGGUUCCACUGUGUCUGUUCACAAUCAGUUCAGUUUAAUUAUUCUUUCUGUAGGAAAACUUCCUUUUUCCCCCCCUUCAUUUCAUACCUUCCAUCUGAUCACUUCUUCACACCGUCUGUUCCUUUACUGUGACACGAGUGAACUUUGCCUUUUCAACAUCUCCACAGAGCUGAUGAGUUUUUAGAUUGUGGUUUCAUGUGUGCUUUCUCUUCCAUCAAAACAUGUAUUUUAAUUCAGACUUGCAUAAGUACACAAAUACAUGAAAAAAUAUACAGCAACAAUUUAGCCUAGACUGGACCUGAGUUAGAUGGUCUACCAUGAGUAGGCACUUCCACGAGGAAUUAUUAUAAAGGGCUUUCUUGAAUUUUUUCUAAAAGAGAACAGGAAGGUUCAAGUAGAACUACAGAACUCUAAAAUAUGAAAAUUAUAGGAAUAUGUAAUUUCUACUAGGAAAAAAGCAGCCCUCUUUCUAUUGGAGAAUACAGCUCCACUGAUUAUUAACUGCUUCAGAAAAUCAUACUUGCUAAAAAAUAUGCUUGAGAAAAAAACCCAAUAGAUAUGUUCCGGCAUUCCCGUCUGGAAAAAAUGCUUUUAUAUUAUUCACAAUGUAGUUUGUAUUUUGCAUUGUACUACAGAAGAAAUGCCUAAAUUGAAUGGAAGCCAAAGUUCCAGUUGAUCAAAAAGAGCACCUCAGGAAAUUUCGAAAUUUCCCGGUUUUAUUUUUGCUUUGAAUGCAGACAGAUUUUUUUAAUUUUCUGAUAAUUGUAAUGUUCAUGCUCUGCACAUUUGUUUUAGCUGAAUAACAAGCCUGGAUUUCAAGGUGCUGAACAUCUACAUAUCCCUGUAAUACUACAGGAGGGAUAGGCAGUAUGCAAUCUGGGAGUGCGCUGACCUCAACCUCUGCCAAAAUUAUGCCAUUUGGAAAAAUGAACCUUUAGGAUACAAGUCUAAGAAAGAUGAACCUUUAGGAUACAAGUCUAAGAAAGAUGAACCUUUAGGAUACAAGUCUAAGAAAGAUGCAGUGAUAAAGAACCUGGGAAGCAGCAAUUUUGUUUGUACCUUAAUGCACUGCGAGUAUGAAAAAGGGAGUUUACCAUUUUCUAAAUGGAGAAUUUUCUCAAAAUUUUGUACAAAAAUUGUGGUUAGCGGAGAAUGCAGUUUGUCACUGUGAGCUGGGAACGGUAUUUUAAACGUGGCAUAAUACUUAGUCUGUGCUGUUAAAUGCAGAUUCUCCUCUUUCACCCAGACCCAAGUUACCACCCCGUCUCCAUCCCACUGUCUCACCUGGAGUGCCCUGUGCUGCUGCAGCUCAGACUCCCAGGGAGGAAGCUCAUUUUGGGUUAGUAGGUCUGUGCUGCUGGAAAUCAGCCCUGCAGAAGGGGAUGGAAUGCAUGUAUUCCUAAACUCCAAUGCAGCCAGGUAUUUCUUAGAAAUGAAAAUCCUUUCAUGUCAGUGCCGUUGUUCUUCAGCUCAGUGUGGUAUUGUUAAGGCUUUUGUAGGCAUAGGAACUUUUUACAUUCCAUAGAGUUUUUGUUUGUUGCUUCAUAUGCAACAUGGAAUUAAAGCAACAAGCUUGAAAUGAAGAGGAACUAGUCCACCCUUCACCCCCAUCCUUCUUAUAAUUCUUAGCAAAACUAAAUUAAGGUAUUUUGCAGGUUUUAUAUUUAUUUUCAGCUAAACUAGUGUUUCUAUGGACACCUGAAAAGAAAAUGUGGGGUUUUAUAUCCAGUAAAAAGUUCUUUGUACGCCUAGGCUUUUAUAGAGCAAAUAAAAUACAAAUAACAGUUCACUUGGUUUAAGUUUGUACUUGCAAAAUAAAAUUCAAAUUUCCUUUUUCUUACAUAACUGAUUCCAGCCACUUAGUUUGGAAAUGGCAGAAGAUAAAGGUUCUCCUGUGGAAACAUACCUGCAGUUUUAUUUUUGCUGGAGAGUUAUGGGCAAAGGCAGAAAAAAUACCACUUUGAUGGCUGCUGUAUAGAAGGCUUGGACUGUGUCCUGCAGAGGAACAUGACUUUUAACUUUUCUGUGGCUGCUCUAAUAAAAUGUCUCUUGAACCUC